AUGACGGAGACCAGGGGCUCAGAGGGGAGAUCCAGGCGAGAUCCAGAACCGAUCCAGGACAGUGGCCACAAAGGGAAGCUGGCAAGCCUCGUUUACGUUGCAUGCGACGUACGCUGGUAUCCUGCUCCUCCGCAGGGCCACCAAAACGUCUGGUGGCUGCCGAGAAAGAACCGAACAGGGACGAGUCGUCUCACAAUCUCCCGUCCCCAGUCUGCAAAAUGUUUAGAUUGGCUCGAUUGGGACAUUGUGCCGACGCCGGGGAUCGUCAAGGAGGAGGAGGAGGGAUAG